GGUCUCAAGUGAAUUAGUAGCGACAUGGAAGAAUGAGUUAAAUAUCAGAAAAAAAGGAUUCAAUUAGAUUAUUUUCAUGGCAAUUGUGGGAAUAUAAAAAAUAGUUGCCUUGAUGCCCUGCACGAGCUGAGAAUUUUGACGCUGGUUGAGAGAUCUGGAGAUUUAAGUACAAAAAUGUGUCAUAAUGAUGAAUAACUUUUUUUGAGGGGGGCGGCAUGUACUGGUUUGAAUGCUCUUCAGCAAUUGUCACAUUUUUCUGUCAGCGUGGUGCACUCUUCGACAAAGAACAGAUUCUCCAUGCCUGUGAUUUUGUCCUUCUGGGGAAAGGAGGAGAACAAGAGCGCCGUCAUUCAACGUUUGGCAUGCUAUGGGUACAAACUCAUCACAGGUGCGAAUCAGAAGCUGUCUAGCUCCGGAGCUGGGAUGGCCUUGAAUAAAAGAGGCAUGACGGUCCUUCUCACGGCAGAGGAGUUGAAGAACGCCUUUGACAACCUCUUCGAAGGCCUGCUGGAAAGUAAAGAUGGUGAAAAGGAAGCAGCUGAGGUAUGA